ACCUGCCUGGCGGGGCCGCUCGGGCCGCGGAGCGCGGCGGGAGGCGCAGGGCAGCGUUCGGCAUGUUCACGGCGGCGGCCGAGAGCUUCCUCAAGCAGGCGAGGGAGAUCCGGGAGGAGGAGCUGCGGAGGUUCGUCUCCCGCGUCGCCGCCCUCCUGCGCGGCCCGGAGCUGGGCCCCGAGGCCGUGGACUGUCUCCAGAGGCUGCACCUCACCGUCGCUGCCACUAAAUACCCACGCAGGCUGGAUGGCAAGUUUGUGGAACUGUUGCAGACGGUGCUGUGUUCAUCCAAGUGCCCUGAGCAGAUUCAGAUGUUAUGUGCUGCCAUCCUGAGGGAGAUGUCGCCUUGUAAUGAUCUGAUCCUCUCCUGCGAUGAGAUUCCAGAUACAAAGCUCUUGAGCCUGGUGUCUUCCAUCCUUUUGGCUCAGGGAAACAAGAAAGGUGAAGUGUCUGCUGUGGGGCAACGUAUUGUAAAAGUCCUUGAAAGAAGACUGCCUGAGGGUCAAAAUGCUCGGUACAUUCUUCCUGUCCUGUCAAAUGUCAUCAGUCUUUCACCAGAAUCUCUAACUGAAGAGCAGAUCAAUGUAGUCAGUAAGAAGAUGGCUGACUGGCUGAGGUAUGCCAGUGUGCAGCAAGGAGUGGCUCAGCCCUCUGGAGGCUUCUUCUCCAGUCCCAGGACCAAGCAGCCUGGACCCAUCACAGAGGUGGAUGGUGCCAUUGCCACAGACUUCUUCACCGUGCUCUCAGUGGGUCAGUACCACACACAAGACCAGUGGCUCAAUGUCCAAGCCUUCUCCAUGCUGCGAAAUUGGCUGCUCUGCUAUGGGGGCAAGGGGUUGAAGACACCCAAUCCAGUUGACAGAUCAGGAAUGGAGAAGUCUGUUAUGCCCAUGGUCUCAACUCUGUCCACGUCUAGUCGCCUGCCUUCCCCAAAGGAGCGUCUGCGGGAGAAAGCCUUUGAGUACUGCCAGCGGCUGAUUGAGCAGAGCCACCGGCGACCUCUGCAGAAAGAUGAUGCAGACCUACAGAAAGCUUGUCUCAUUGAGGCAGUGACAAUCAUGGACAUCAUCUGCAAACAAGAUUCCUCCUACGUGAACCGUGCAGUCUCCUUCCUGAAAAUCCUGCAUGGCAGAAUCUGUGGGGAUGCUGCCUAUGCCAGGGCACUGCUGCCCAUUGCCCAGUUCUUCCUGAACCACAGCAAAAUGGCAACUGUGGACUCCGAUGCAAUCUACAGGCACUUGCUCACUGAUAUCCCUGCUCAGCUCUUCCACAAUGCAUCACUGGCCUUUGAGUUUGUCCAGUUCUGCAAGGACAACAGCCAGCUCUUCACUGAGACCUCCAGUGUGUUCAGGCAGAGCUUCCCAAAUCUCUUCAAGUUCUUAGCAUGGAACAGCCCACCCCUUAUCUCUGAGUUUGUGGACCUUCUCCCAUUUCUGCUGGGUGCAGACACAGCCAUUGAGAUCUUCCAUUUGCUUCUCGACCUGCCCUGUUUGACAGCAGCUCUGGAUGUGCAGCUGAGGUCAGCUGUUCUUCCUACCUCUGAGAAGGCUGCUAGUGACCCAGCUGUGAAGCCAACCACCUGUCUGGAAGCCUUUCGCCAUCCCCUUUACAGAAGCAUGUUCCAGUAUCUUCUCCGUGCCAAGUCUACCUCAGAGGAUGCCCCAGAGAGGCUGAUUCCACUUCGGCAGCUGCUGGGAUCCCUUGCCAGCAGCCCAAGGGUUGUGCAGUGUGCAGAGGCUGUCCCUGUCUUACUGGAGCUCUUUUUCAGGGUGGUGGCAGAGUUUGCAGAUGGGCCACUGAUAAACCAGCUGGUGGUGCUGCUGCUGCAGAGGAGUGACCAGCUCUGUGACAUCCCAGCAUUUAAAGAUGAUGUGUACAGGGUGCUGAGCUCACAGCUGGUGAUGCUCUGCAGGUUGCACCCUGCACUCAUUGUGGAGCUAUCCACGGAGAUUCUGGAGUUCUCAGGAACAAUCAGCAACAUCCAGAACAAGGAGGCCAUCUUCACCCACGUGGUGUGGGCCAUUGGGGAGUACCUGUCGGUGUCCUACGACAAGCGCUGCACGGUGGAGCAGGUCACUCGGUUCUUCGAGGCUCUGGAGGCUGUGCUGUUUGAAAUCACCCAGCUGCGCCCGCUGCCCGCCACCCCCGGCUACGCGCCCCGUGCCAUCUCUGUCCUCAUGGCCACCCUGACCAAGCUGGCAGCUCGUAGCCAGGACCUGAUCCCCAGAGUGUCCAUGUUCCUGUCCAAGAUGAGGACAUUUGUGCAGAGCCCUGCUGUCACCUCUGUGUACCACAAGGAGGACCUAGAGGAGAUCCUUAUCCGAGCAACUGAACUCAUGAACCUACUCAAAAUGCCCAGCGUGGCUCAGUUCGUGUUCACACCACCUGUGGACGUGGCCAGUACGAGGUUUCAGAGGGAGGUGAAUGACUCCCUCCCUUUUGCCCUCAGGAUAGUCACCCGGCUCCUAGAGCCAACUCCUGGCUUUAUGCCAGGGUGAGGACAUGAGGUUGCUGAGAGGCUGCAGCCUCUGUGGUAGCUCAUUGGACCCUGCUGACACUCAAAGCCAAGGAAUGAGGAACAAACCCUUGUGAAUGAAACCAAGAACAGGAAUAAGCAGAGCUGAGGCUGCUCUCCCAUGUGAGGCUGUUUGUAUUUCUGUCUCCUAAGCUUGUCUUGCUUCUCCCUGGCCAGUAUGGAUUGGGAAUCCCAGUGGAUUUGUGGGAAUGUGGCAGGAGAGUGACGGCAUGCAUUUACUACCCUGCUAGCACGCUGUGCCCCUUAGGAGAUGUGCUUCUUCCCUUCCGCCUGCCCUCACAACACCCUGGCCUUGGACGUGCUGGUUUUAUUGCCUCUCCUUGCAGCAGAUCAGCCAAGCAAAUGUCUGCGUGAGGUGGAGAAAGCAGAAGUGACUCCAUUAAGUUUGCUGCAAGCCAUCACUGCUCUUCUGUCUUGCGGUCAGAGUGAACAUGUCAAGAUCCAAGAGACAGCUACCAGAUAGGAGCUUAGAGAGAUUUAUUGAUCCAGUUUCUUGUUGACACCAAGAGCAUUUCUCCAUAUACAUCAGCCUGGUGUCAGACAGGAGCCAUGCUGGGUUCUGUAUCCACUGGAGAAGUUUGUACACAUUGGAGCUGUACAGUAUUAACAAGUGGGGGGACUGAAUAUGUCCUGCUGCUCCUUCCAGGAGAAACAAACCCUCAUGCACACUAGUAAAUAGUAUAUAUACA